AUGACAAAUUCUCAAAUGAUACUUCAACACCAAGUUAAGAAUUUAUACAAACGACUUCUAUUUAUCGGCAGAGAAUACCCAUUGGGUUAUUCAUACUUUCGCCCACGCCUAAAAAAGGCAUUUUUAAAAAAUCGUGAUUUAAAAAAUGAAGAUGAUAUAAGAAAAGCUAUUGAAACUGGUGAAUAUGUCUACAAAGAUGGUGGCUUUGCUACAGAGCUACAAAGAGUUCAUUGUAAAGAUCUUUCAUCAAAUUUAUGGUCUGCUGCUUGUUUAUUCCAAGACCCGCAAGCAAUACGAGAUGUUCAUUUAUCUUAUCUUAGAGCAGGCGCGGAUAUCAUUACAACCUGCAGUUAUCAAGCAACUAUAUCAGGUUUUAUGCAAUGCGGAUUUUCAAAUGAUCAAGCGGUAUCAUUAAUGCAAAAAUCUGUUACAUUAGCUAUUGAAGCUCGUGAACAAUUUUGGACUGAAUAUCAAAAACAAUUACAUCAAUUCAAUAAUAUGACCAGGAUCAAACCUUUAAUUGCACUCUCGCUUGGUUCAUUCGGUGCAACCCUAUGUGAUGGUUCCGAAUAUUCUGGAAACUAUGGGCUCGAUGUAACAACCUCCUAUCUAAAGGCUUUUCAUAGAGAAAGGAUGCAAAUAUUUUAUCCAAAUUUUACAGAUAUCGAUUUAAUAGCAUUCGAAACAAUUCCAUCAUUCCAAGAAAUUGAUGCCAUUUGUUCUGUAUUACACGAAGAAAAAAUCUCUGUUCCUUGUUGGAUCUCAUUUUCUUGUAAAAACGAUUCAUUAAAUUGUCAUGGUGAAACUUUAAUAGAAUGCAUCAAACUUUGUUGUGCCGUAGAUUCAAUUGUUGCCAUUGGUAUAAAUUGCACUAAACCUAAGUAUGCUGAAAAUUUGGUAAAUUUGAUUCGCAAUGAAAUGGAUCUUCUUGGAGCUAUAGAUAAAUUUGUUGUUUGCUAUCCAGACGCUGGAUGCGAAUGGGAUGAAAUUAAAAGGGAUUGGGAUUCACGUACGGGGCUCUCUGUAGAAGGUAAAUAUAAUUUUUAUGUUACAGAGGUGCUAAAAAGAGAUAAUGUUAAUUUUACCUCACUUAUGCUUGCUGGAAAACCCCAAAUUAUUAUAAAAUUCCAAUUUCUUUAG